AUGAAGGUCGCACUUCUCGCCAACCCUGCGCGAGGCGAGAUCAACGUCCUGCUGGCAACAGCGUACGAACUCAUUCGACUUGGACACGAUGUUACCUUCCUCACCGGCUCAUCCUUCCGCAAUGCCAUCGCCGAGUUCAGAAGCGAACAAAACGAUCCCGUCCUGGCAUCCCGGAUCCACUUUUGCGAUCUCGGAGCUGCACGCGCGGUAGAAGACUUUACUCGAGGAAUGCAGUCGCAUCUCAAGGGCCUCCGAAAGCCACCGGGUGACUACAGUAGCAUGGAGAUCUGCCAAAUCGUGGCGCUGGUAACAGAGCAGGAGUUCCGCGAUGCUGCCACCACGGUUCGAGACCGCUUGCUCGAAAUCGAGCCUGACAUGAUCGCCGUGGAUGCACUUUCGCCCAACCUUGUAACCGGCUGCCGAAUGACUGGACUUCCGUGGAUGUUCACAGUGCCUUGCUCACCAUCACUCACAGCGACACGCACGAGCCUGCUGGACCCACACCCGAUGGCUCGUAGACGCAAGAGGUCGCUCAUGUCUGCGCUCGAGAACCUCAAGCUGACCAUUAUCGAGACGUGGGGUAAUGCGACCAAGAAGGACCUCUAUGCACGACGAGCGCUGCUCAAGAACGAGUUCGGCCUCAAUUCGAUGGGCUUCAACGGGGACAGCGCCAUUGUCCCUCCUCUCUGGAAGGACCGCAACUGCGUCGGAGGCAUCCACUUCAACACGCCAGGACUGACAGACUCGAUCCGACAGCCUCACCAGAUCACAUUUGUUGGAGCCGGUGUCACGAGCGACCCCGAGAACCACGAUGCACCCACGCACGACUACGCCAGCUCGCUCAAGCAGAUGAGCCCGACGCUGUCAUCCGGCUUCCAGAAGGUGGGGCUGCCAUCGCUACCGUACGGCCAACGGGACGAGGACGUCGAGUGGAUGGAUGCCGCCUACGCUGCUGGUCAGUCGGUGGUGUACCUCAACAUGGGAAGCAUGUUCCUGUGGACCGACUCGGAGGUGCGAGCGUGUCUGCGCGCAUUUGAGCGACUCUACCACCUUAGCGGAGGCAAGAUCAAGCUCUUGUUUAAGCUCAACAAGCCAAAACGCAACCCUGGCAGUCCUGGAUCUGCUUCUCCCACGGCGACACCCGUCUCGCCGGUCUCGCCGGGGCUUGACGAGAAGAGACCGGAUCUUGAGUCGAGACGACCAAGCAGUGGGUCGACGCUGGUCGCCGAGAAGCUGAGCGAAGCGAUCAAGAGCAGCAUCAAGCUCCGACGCAAGACCGAGGCGGAACAGGGCUACUCGCUCAUCACGCUCUCCGAGUUUGAGGGACUCGAGUACGUGCGCUUCACACGCUGGGUGCACGACCAGCGUCGGAUCUACAAGCACCCUUCGCUCAAGGUAGUCAUCCACCACGGAGGAGGCAACUCGUUCAACGAGGCCAUCCACUACGGUCUUCCGCAGAUGAUCCUUUCACAGUGGUUCGACACGCACGAGUACGCGAUUCUCGCCGAGCGCUUUGGCAUCGGCCUUCGCAGCAAGCACGCUCCGUACAUCGACGAGGACGACAUGGUGCAAAAGAUGCUGCGUCUACUGCAGGGCGAAGAGGCUGACAAGAUCCGUCGCACCACCAAGGUGUGGUCGGUGCGCAGCCGCAAUGCCGGAGGUGCGCCUGCAGCUGCCAGGCUGAUCGAGAUGCAGGCUUUGCUCUUCAACCAGCAGAAGCAGGGCAAGCUGGCCCGAGCGACGGAAAAGACGGCGAGCGUCGAGGCUCUUGCGGCUCGGUCAGUGGGCAACCUUGGAAGCGAAGCCGCCUUCACACCAGAGUCGCAUUCGAGUGCUUCGUCCACGGUCGCAUAG